AUAUCGUCUUAGGUAUGACUCUCAGUUCUGCACUUGCUCCUGUCUCUUUGCACCUCAGCCGGGAAAGCGUGCACAACUAUGUCUCAUCGUAAAUUCCAUGCCCCUCGUCAUGGGCACAUGGGCUUCCUGCCCCGUAAGCGCAGCCAUAAGCACAGGGGGAAGGUGCGCACCUGGCCUAAGGAUGACCCCAGCAAACCUGUCCACCUCACCGCCUUCAUGGGUUACAAGGCUGGCAUGACCCAUACUCUGAGAGAGAUGCACCGCACAGCCAUGAAGCAGUCCAAGCGUGAGGAGGUGGAGGCGGUCACCAUCAUUGAGACACCCCCUAUCGUGGUCGUGGGAAUCGUUGGAUAUAUCAGCACCAUAAGGGGCCUGCGCAACUUCAAGACAGUCUUCGCUGAGCAUAUGAGUGAUGAAUGCCGACGCAAAUUCUACAAAAACUGGUACAAGAGCAAGAAGAAGGCCUUCACAAAAUACAGCAAAAAAUGGCAAGAUGAGGUGGGCAAGAAGCAGCUGGAGAAGGACUUUGACGCCAUGAAGAAAUACUGCUCCGUCAUCCGCGUCGUAGUGCACACCCAGAUGCGAUUGCUACCUCUUAGGCAGAAAAAAGCCCACCUGAUGGAGGUGCAGCUGAAUGGAGGCACUAUAGCGGAGAAGGUAGACUGGGCGAUAGAGCGGCUGGAGCAAUCUGUUCCUGUGGCUUCUGUCUUCAGUCAAAACGAGUUGAUUGAUGUCCUUGGUGUUACCAAGGGUCACGGUUUCAAAGGUGUGACGAGCCGCUGGCACACCAAGAAGCUUCCCAGGAAGACUCACAAAGGUCUCCGCAAGGUGGCAUGUAUCGGCGCCUGGCAUCCCGCCCGCGUGUCCUACACUAUCGCCCGCGCCGGCCAGAAAGGAUACAACCACCGCACAGAGCUCAACAAGAAGAUAUACCGUAUUGGAAAAGGGGUCCAUGUUCAGGAUGGCAAAGUGAUCCGCAACAACGCCUCCACAAAUUAUGACACCACUCAGAAGACCAUCACCCCAAUGGGUGGAUUCCCACACUACGGAGAGGUCAACAAUGAUUUCUUGAUGCUGAAAGGCUGUGUGGUUGGCACCAAAAAACGUGUCCUUACUCUCAGAAAGUCUCUCCUUGUGCACACAUCACGUAAGGCUAAGGAAGAAAUCGAGCUCAAGUUUAUUGACACCACGUCUAAGUUUGGCUUUGGACACUUCCAGACUGCACAGGAGAAGAGGGCGUUUAUGGGUCCACUGAAGAAAGAUGCCCUGAAGAAACAACCAGAAACGAAGACUGAUGAGCUGGACUGAGAAUACAGUACAAAGGAAAUGUCUGACCAGAAGAACAAAAUACAUCAAAUACAAACAACAAUAAAUAUUGUAUUUACCAAACA